UUAGAUACCUCAUAAACACAUUGGUGUUGUUGCUUGUUUGUGCCUUUUGUUUAUCCUCAGUUUUUCUACUCAUCUUUUAACUAUCGUUUUCUACCGUUGUUGGGUCUGAGCCAUUCUCUUUCAACUUCUAAAUCAGUAACAAAGAAAUUCACCACAUAAUCUCAUUGGAGUCUGGACAUGCAGGAAACUUAAAUUAUGGAGUUACAAGACACAUAAGAAACAAUAAGAGAGCUUAUAAAGGGUCCUUUUGUCUGUAAUGAUUCAGUCAGUUUUGGAACUACAGAUAGCCUGUCAAGGCUCCUUUUGUCUGCAUGAAACUCUGGACAUUUUGGUGGAAGUAACGUGGAUUGAUGCGUAAAAUAUUCAUGGUUUGCUGUUUCCAAGCACUUGCCUACACUCUAGGAUCAUGCAGGAGAUUUCUCUGAAUUAAUACUUCAGCUAGAAAUUAAUUUCACUCGUGUGCAUCAUUGUCGAAUCACUGUGCCAACACAUUACUCAAGAGAUCAGUUCUUGUCUCUAUAACUUGUGUACAUGCCACAUUUUUAGGAUCACGAAUCAGAAAUCUAUUGCUCAACAAUGAAUAAAAAAUGAUUUUCAGCACAUGAAGUUCAUUGAAAUAAGGGAUAUAUACCUAAAAUACGUUAGGCGGGAAAGAUGGCUGUUGAUAAACACAGAACAAACAUCGUGUAAGCCAAACAAAUAAUAUAAUCAUUGAUCAGAGAGUUAGUUGGCAAGUUUCUGAAGAAAAAGAAAGUAAGGGACAAGCCCAAGGAAGACCUCAAUAUAAUAAACAAAAUCAUGUUACCUUCCAUUAUUUUUUAGAUUCCUCCUGUCUUAUCUUAGUUUGAUAUAUAUAGAGUAAGAAAAGAAACAAGUUGACAUCAAAACGAAAACUUGUAUUUCAAAGCUCUCUUCCUUCAUACAGAUUAAUAAACAACAUUCAAAAAAUGGCGUCUUACCACACUCGAUCUUUAAGUUUUCCAUCAAAAUCUCACCCAGUUGCUGAUCAGGUAGAACAACAAUUGUGCAGAGUGAGGUCUUCUCAAGCUGCCUCUACUUCAUCAUUGACGAACAAACUUACCGAUCUAAAUGAUUUGUACAAAUGUGUUGAUGAGUUUCUUCAACUACCAGUUAAUCAGAAAACUCAAUCUGGCAGUUGGGUUGACGAGGUUUUGGAUGGAUCUCUAAGACUCCUCGACGUUUGUUCUACAUCGAGGGAUGUCUUGGCACAAUCAAAGGAAAUGCUUCAAGAAAUACAAUCAGUUCUUCGCCGAAGGUGUAGCAGUGAACUUAAUAUAUCGAAUCAUGUCUCUGAAUACUUGAAAGCCAGAAAGACAAUAAAGAAGGUGAUCCAAAAGUGCUCAAAAGGCAUUCGAGAAGUUGUCAAGACUAACGAGGCCAAUCCCAUUGAGGCAACUUUGAAAGAUGUGCAAGCAAUUACAGUUGACAUCUUCAAGUCAUUGUUUUCUUACAUUGGUGGAUCACAGAAAAGUAGCUGGACUUUCUCUAAAUUUGUGAGAGGUCAAAAAUCUGAGAAAGAAACAGCAGCAAUCAGUGAAUUGGAUGCAAUUGAUGCAACAGUUGAUAUGUCACAGUUAGUAAAAUUAGAGUCAAACAUUGAAGAAAUUGAUCGAGUUUUAGAAUGCUUGUUUAGGCAUCUUGUUAACACAAGGGCAACUCUUUUGAAUAUCCUUAGUAACUAGGUGAAAAUAGCUCUAGUGACUGUACAAAUUUUUUAUCUGUACAUGAAAAUUAUACGAAAUUAAACAUACAAUUUUCCACAAUUUUUGUUCUUGUCUACAUAUUUGCAUGUUCAUCCUUUCAAUAAUGCAGUAACUUUAUCUAGAUCCUAAAAUUUGAAAGGCCAAAAUCUUAAAUUACAUUAAGUUUUUAGUGAAUACAAACAGCGAAAGGAUAAAUUUCUAGUUAUUUUCUACAUUGAUGUCAGCUUUCAAUGUUAAAAAUGGAAAUAAAUUUCACGGGAAUUAAUUAAGUGAAAUAAAAAAAAGAAUAAGUUGAAUAAUAAUCUGUUAAGAACGUUGGUUGAAUCGGAAGUUGUUAUGAGGAUGACUCCAUGUGUAGGGGUCGAAUCAUCUCUUGAGUCAUGACUAAUUAGCUGUUUGGAUUCCAAAUGUCUGAUAUAUCUCCAGAAAAUUCAGUACUAGUAAAUGCAUGCAUGUGUGCGCGAAUAUUACAUGUUCCCCUAUAGCCAAGCACUUGCCUAAUCUGUAGGAUCGAGUAGGCUUCUUCGUGCUUAAUAAUCCCUUAAAAUUUUCACAGAUAAUCUCAAAGAUAGAAUUAAGAAAUAAAGAAAAUCCUUUCAGAAUCAUAUGAGGCUACAGAAAUAAGAAAUGUGCUAACAGAACUCAUGUGCAUUGUUGGCAAAACAAAGAGCAAUCGUGCAGUACAUCAUUCAAGAAAUUUAAAAACUCGUCAUUUCAAAUGUGUAUAGCGUAAUUUCUGGAUCAUCAUACCGAAUAUUGCCAAAAUGCAGCAAGUCAUUAUGUCAAGGAACCAACUCAACCAAAAGCUUAAGCUGAUGGUUGAGGCCCCAGAAUAUGUUAUAUACUCUAACACGCCCCCUCACACAAGAGCCCUUUGGGCUAGAAGUGUGGAUGCAACACAAGCCUUCCUCAUAGCUGGCACUAAAUAUUCCACUUUAAAUGAGAGGUGGUUGAGAUUCGAACCCGUGACCUCUUGUCACAUUGGCUCUGAUACCAUGUCAAGGAACCAACUCAACCAAAAGCUUAAGCUGAUGGUUGAGGCCCUAGAAUAUGUUAUAUACUCUAACACAUUACUAUCUUUACUUGAAUUGAUAUAAUAUAUGAAUGAAACCAUAUGAUCCCUCAUUUAUCUAAGAUUCCUUUUGUCUUCUCUAACUUUGGUAUAUAUAGAUGCGAAGGAGAAAGAAGAAUUCAUUCCUCAAAGUACCAAAACUUGUAUUUCACAAAAAGUUCUUCACCUUUAAACAAACAAAGAAAAUGACUAAAAAUGGCAUCCUACCACACCCGAUCUUUCAGUUUUCCCUCAAAUUCUCACCCGGUUGAUCAAUCAUUUAAACGAACUAUUAUGUAGAUUAAGGUCAUCUCAACUCAAGGUGCCUCAACUUCAUCAAUGACCAACAAACUUACUGGCCUUAAAGAUUUAUACAUGUGUGUUGUAAGACGCUGUCGCACGCGCACAAAUUUAAAUUGUAUUUUAUCCUAUUACAACUUGCUAAAUAUGGUAAGUGGCAAAUAGUAGUCGAUCUCACAGAGACUGUGAUUACUAAUUUUAAAGAUACUUCUAAAUUAUUUAUUUUAUUAGAAAAUAUGCAAAAUAAAAUGAGCUUAAUACAAGAAAAUAAAAUAUGUAAAGUAAAUAAAAGAGUAAAACAAUAAAAGAAAGUAGUAGCAACAUGUAUUUUAGUCAUUGGCAAGACUAUUUCUAAUCAUUAAUUAAUUACAACUUUUAUAUGAAUAGCGGCUGUAGGAUUUAUAGUACCCUCAUAAAUCCGCUGUCAUCCCUUUUAUAUUAGCUUACUAUUUGUACCCAAGAUAGUAAAGCCCUAGUGUACAUUAAUCCGGUUUUAAUGAAUAGACUGUUUUAAUUUUAAGAAGACUUAACCAACCAUUAAACUUAAUUAAGAAGAUACCCUAUAACCCAACUAAAAUUAAUAUUAGGUAAACUCUAAUAAUAAAACUAGAUGCAGUUACUAUUACUAGUUGUAUUUUUAAUAAAACUAACUAAACAAAGUUUAAUUAAUUGUAAAACAUUAACUUAUAUAAGAAUAAUUAAGUGUACCCAACAAAAUUAAUCUUAUAUAAAUUUAGAAAUAAAAACUAGUUUAUAUAAAUACUCAAUAACAAAGUUGCAUAAAUUGAAGACCCAUUUCAAAUCUCAUAAAAAUAAUUUUCCAAGACAUUAAUACAUGUUACAACAAAAUAAUUUACUCCAAGUUAAACAUGACAAAAUAUGGAGAAUAAGAAAAAUUCAUUAAGUAAACAGUUUUGUAAUACAAAAGAAGAGACUUAAAAAUAUGUUUUUCAAUCUGCUUUCUCUCUACUUAACUCUAAAUAUAUGAGAAUAUAU